AUGUUGAAUUCUGGCCGACAGGGCCACACGAAAAUUGCGGGAGUUGCAAUUUUUGUCUUGCUCAUCUUAUGGCUAUAUAAACUAAAUGCGGGGAAUUAUUUAUUGCCUACGAGGGAGUCUACAGUACAGCCGGGGCAGGAAAACGUCGAGGUCGCAGAUCCGGAAGCAACAUUGAAAAUAGAGGAGGCGGUCGAGACAGUGGAGGCGGUAGCAACAUCCACAUCGAUACCAGAUGCUGUAGAGUCACCUGUUACUCCAUCUAAAAAGCCAACCGGCGGCGGGAAGAAACAUGAGAAGACAGUUAUAAUGGGCAAGACAUAUAAGGAAGAUGCGACAUGGGUUAAGGAAAAGCUACCAGACUGGAGGCCAAUAAUUUAUGCAGUGGACAGCAGAACAGACAAAGAUUACCUCCACGUACUGGUAAAUAAAGGCAAAGAAUCGAUGCCGUACCUUACCUACCUAAUCGACUUCUAUGACGAUCUUUCCGAUAUCAAUGUAUUCAUACAUGCCCAUGAAAACGGCUACCCUCGCGCCUGGCAUAAUGAGCCUGAAUCUGCAGACUACUCUGCCGUCAAAAUGCUGGAGCUCUUACGUCUUGAUAACAUCCGUGAAAAGGGCUACGUAAAUCUCCGCUGCAAUCCAAAUCCAGGAUGUCCCGCAGACCUCCACCCCCAAAAUGAGUCCUUUGAUAAAGGGAGAAUUGAAAUUGGAUGGAGGAAGCUAUGGGCGCAUAUUCACGGGAAUAAUUUGUAUCCAGAAUCUGUCGGUGUUGCGUGCUGUGCACAAUUUGCGGUUACCAGGGAAAGGAUUCACGAGCAACCGAAGGAAUAUUAUGAGAAACUGAUGGAAUGGUUGUUGACAACCGAUGAAGAAGAUGCCGGCAGGGUGUUUGAGUAUUUCUGGCAUAUGAUUUUUGGUAUGCCAGCAGUGCACUGUGGGAGCAAUUAUAGAAAUUGUGUCUGUGACGUUUAUGACUGCACAGCUGGAGCGGGAAAAAAGCGAUCUCUCAAUAACCUCUUGAUGAAGAGGGUUGUAUAA